AUCGAGUUUGUCGUUGAUCCCAUCUUCUUCACGCAUCUUCAGGUCACCAGGAAGAUAUACCGGUACGCAGAGCAAUGGCAGUAACAGGCAGCAAGAUCGGCAAAACCGCAAAACCCGCCAGCAUGACGAAAAAGAUGGUCAAGGGAGCCGGCGCGGCGGCCGUGGCGAAGGAAGAGGAUAUUGAUGAUAUAUUUGCAAAAAAGUCAAAAGCCGCUGCGGUGGAUAUCGAUGAGAUCUUUGCGAAGCCAAAGAAGGGGGCGAAGGAUGAGGUUGCGGUGAAGGGGAAGAAGGUGGAAGAGGAGGUACCAGCAGAAUCAAAAUCAUCCAAGAAGAAGAAGAAGUCGAAAGCAAAGAAAUCUGCUGAGGAAGACACAUCAGAAACCCCGUCAGAAAUCCCAGCACCCGCCCCCAAACCCGCCGUAAUCGUCGCCGACUUCUCCUCCACCGCCACCAAACCCUCAAAAUCCUCCACAUCUACAUCCGCACCAGAUGACGACUUUGCAAACUCUCGAGGUGCGUCGAACGUGAAGAGAACAGAAGAAGGGUUUAGGGUCUACGACGAGGACUUCUUGAAGAUGAAUAUUCCGGGGAGUGGGGAGACGGAGGACUGUCCGUUUGAAUGCGAGUGUUGUUAUUAGGGUGUGGGAGUGGCGUGUUAAGAACAAGGGGAUUCGGAGUUGGAAGGCCCAGGGUGAUGCGGGGUGAGAGUGCACAGGUCAGAGAGCCCAAGGAGCCCUGAUUUUUGGUACUCUGGAGAUCACUGGGAAUGAUGAGAAGUUUGUGAUGGCCGCGGGAGUCGAUUGGUAUUAGCUCUACAUUAAAAUCCCCGCCAUUGGUCAAAUCCGGCAUCGGGUACCCUGAAAGCGUACGGG